AUGGUGGCUUUCAAUCACACCUCAGCCGGCCCUGCGGUAUUCCUCCUGAUGGGCAUCCCGGGGCUAGAACAAGCCCACGGCUGGCUCGCCAUCCCUUUGUGUGCCCUGUAUAUUGUGGCUGUCCUAGGGAACAGCAUCAUACUGUUAAUUAUACGGUCAGAGCCAAGCCUCCAACAGCCCAUGUACUAUUUCCUGAGCAUGCUGGCACUCACCGACCUGGGCCUGUCAGCUUCCACACUGCCCACAAUGCUCAGCAUCUUCCUCUUCAAUUCCCAGGAGGUGAGUGUUGAUGCCUGCUUUGCCCAGCUGUUCUCCAUUCACACAUUCUCCAUCAUGGAGUCAGCCGUUCUGUUGGUUAUGGCCUUUGACCGCUUUGUGGCCAUCCACAUGCCCCUGAGGUAUGCCUCCAUCUUAACCAACGCCACUGUUGCCAGGAUAGGGCUGGCGUUGGCGGUGAGGAGUGUGCUCGUGAUGAUGCCAAUCCCCUUUUUACUCCGGCGGCUAUGGUUUUGUCUUCCCAACAUCCUCUCCCACUCCUUCUGCCUGCACCCAGAUGUCAUGCAACUGGCCUGCUCCGACAGGAGAAUCAACAGCGCCUACGGCUUGUUUGUGGUCAUCAGCACCAUGGGCCUAGAUGCGCUGCUCAUCGUCCUGUCCUACGUGAUGAUCAUGAUGACUGUCUUUAGUAUCGCCUCCAAAGAGGAGCGCCUCAAGGCUCUGAGCACCUGUGUCUCCCACAUCUGUGCCGUCCUGCUCUUCUACAUUCCCAUGAUUGGCAUCUCUAUGAUCCACCGUUUCGAGGAACGUGCCUCUCCCCUCGUCUCCAUCUUCAUGGCUGACAUCUAUGUGUUGGCCCCCCCGGUGAUGAACCCCAUUGUGUACAGCGUGAAGACACAGCAGAUCCGCAGGAGAAUAGUCCAGAGGUUCCAGAAGAAGAAGAUCCCAGAUAAAGGGAGGCUGAGAGGUCUUGUUCUCACAGGACCUGCAUCCGAGCUUUCGAGGAACGUGCCUCUCCCCUCGUCUCCAUCUUCAUGGCUGACAUCUAUGUGUUGGCCCCCCCGGUGA